AGUGUCGUCACUUCUUAAUUCUCACUUCGAGCUUUUGACAGAUUUCUGCGUCCCUUCUAAUGUUCUUAUUUCCGAUGUCAUCAAACUUGUUUCCUCACGUUAGUUUGAGAAGGAAAUGUGGGCCCGCGUCGUUUAUAGUCACUGUGGACAAGAAGGGACCCGUUGAGCUGUGUAUGCCGAGAAAUGCAUCCCCCCGUUGAAUUCAUAUAUUCGCACAUCUAAGCUCCUCUGUGCCGUUUUAGAACUCCGUUGAGCUCAUCUUUGGUGCAGCAACUAUGAUUGUUCCUGUUUGAUGGGUCAUUAAGCGGCGCUUCCCAGUGUUGCAAUUUUCUUCCAUGCCGCGGAUUUGCGCACACUGCAUCUACCCCCGGCUGGACACUGUAAUUACUGUCCGGCACAGACCCGGGUAGAAUGAAGGAGAGUCCCCGCUGUAUUGUUAUUGCCUUCAAUUCUUGACAAGCAUCCUGCGUAGUCUGAUCGAAGCCGUUUCGGUCCCUGUCCUCAGCCGCCAUGUGCAGUACAGUUCUGACAUCCCGUGUGCACAGGUUGUUUAUCGCAGGCGCCGAAGCCAGCCUAUGCUAUCCCAGUGUACAUGCGUGUGUGUAUGCGUGCUGGGGAAAUCAGUUUGUGAUCUGCUAACUGCUAGCAAUGCAUUUGUGAGCCGGCACUUUUCGUCUCUCUUGUAGAACAUUCCCAUAUUGCCAGCCUGUCUUAUGUGGAGACGGUGCAGACUCCCACUGUCUCCCGGUACACGAAGAUCUUUUACUGCUCAACAAGCAACCCAAGUGAGAUGUCGUCGAGUUUUUCAUAUUUAGAAGGUGCUUCGCAGUUCUUCGCUUCGGAGCCACCUCCAGUGCAGCUUCCCGCGGUUUCCGAAGCCGUUUCACAGUUCUUGAGUUCCAUCAAUGUACACGGCACGCAAACGGACUCUCGGUUACCACACAAGCUGGUAGCCUUCAUUACGUCAGGCGGGACAAAUGUACCGAUUGAAAGAAACACCAUUCGCUUUAUUGCGAACUUCAGCACUGGAAGGCGAGGCGCAGCACUGUGUGAGCAGUUCUUGUUGGCUGGCUACUAUGUUAUUUUCCUUUCUUCGCCGAACUCCAUCCAGCCGUUCGUUCGCCAUGUGCUUCCACAACGACCAGGUCCUGCGUUCCUUGACAGCAUCCAGUUGUCUUCCGAUAAGGGAUCAGUCUUUAGUGGGGAGACACCAUGCCUCAUUCUCGGAAGAGACUCUAGAUCUCAUAAGGAGAGCCCUGCGGAGCGGAACGGCGCGCAACAGAUGGCAUCCAGCAUUGACAGAGACAGCACAAGCACUGGAGCUGCCCCUAGAAGCAGAUUGAGUAUUGGGACAAACUCCUUUCUCGAUCUGUCGGCAGGGAAUUCCACACACUGCGAAACAGGAAGUGUCGGUGGUGGCGUGGCUCUGGUGUGUAAUCAGGAGGCAGAGGCAGCGGUUCAGGCGUACAGAUGCUGCAGAGACCGUCUUCUGUGCGUAUCGUUUCAGACAAUAACGGAAUAUCUCUUCCUGUGGCAGGAGAUUCUGAGACGGUGCCGUCCACUUGGAGACAGUUUGGUUGUUUGCGCAUGCGCCGCUGUCUCCGACUUCUAUAUUCCUGCCUCUCACAUGUCGACGCACAAACUGGAAAGUCGUCGCCACACCCCUAAGCCGUGCGGCAAGGCAUAUACGGAUUCGAGUCAGCCCUGUGUGCCGGGUGAAAGCGAUCGAAAGAAGUUCCGCCGCAGCGAACACCAAACGGAACCCACGGGACCUGGGAUCGAUGAAACAUGCAUGCUGCCCCAGAGUGGUAAGAAUCGCCAGCGGUCGGGGGACUGUGACACGUCUAUUGAACAAGGCGAAGGGAAGAGCAACAACGACGGAGCUUUGCCUGGGAAUCAAUCUGCACACGGUGAAGGCGCAGAGCAUUUGGAAAGAGCCGCUGCCGAAAGCCAAAACAGCGCGAGGAUAGCGGAUCCCACUUUCGGUGAUCGUAGAGGUGGCCUGGCACAGAAGCCGCCGUCGGGCACGCGUGCCGGUGCGGCUGACAAUGGUAUCACUCUCGCGCUUCACCAGGUGCCGAAGAUGCUCGGCCUCGUGAAACAUUUGAAUCCUGAUUGCGUUUUCAUGUCCUUCAAGCUCGAAACGAAUGCUGAAACGCUUCACGCCAAAGCUCGCCGUUCUCUCCGUCUAUAUAAUUGCGACAUUGUGGUUGCCAAUCUUCUCCACUCAAGACACCACACCGUCACAGUGUUUUGGGACCCAGACGAAAAGGCGCCGCCCCUUGAUAUCACCAGUGACGGCAAAGUUAGACGCUUGGGAAUUCAAGAAAGAACAGACGGUGGCAACGUUGUGCUGGGAGAAGGCUGUAUUGAAGCUCAAUUGGUUCAGGUGGUAAACCAGCUGCGCACACGAAGGCAGCAAAAAGCCAUACAGCUACCGCACAAGGAGGACGUCUAGAUUUUGCUCAGGAGAGGAGGCACUCUUUCGCUCGAAUGUCGGAUUUUGCCCAUAGCGUAGUGGUCACCAUCUCGUGCAUAAAUAGGCGGAGUAAGGCUUUUCAAAUUUUGCAGUGGUUGUAUGAGUUUGUCGAUGGCGUGGGCAACAGUGUCACCGCGUCAGGCACGUCAUUGAUUGUUCAUGAACAGUGUACUGUCUAGUGUCCAAGGUGCUUCCGACAGUAUGCGUGUCGAGCUACAAUGCCAGUUCAUCGCAGUAGCCUCUGUAACAAGAGAAGGCUUGAUUGUGAGUGUAACUACAAAAACAAGGACGAAAGUCGGUUUUAGUGAUUCGACAAAUCUAAGUGGUAGGAUUGUCGCUUAACGGAUAGA